AGAAAAAAAGAAACGGAGGCGACUUCAUUUGACAAAAAAGAAAAGAAAAAGAAAAAAAAAAUUAAAUAAUCAAAAAAAUUAAAUCCAAUUCAAUCCUACUUUCACGUCCGCUGUGAGAGAAACGCUAAAGUCACAGCAACCAACCCCUCUCUCUCCUCUCUUUCUCUCUCUAGACGAACAAGAAUCUCCAUCGUCUCAUUUUCUGCAAGAUUAAACAACACUUCACACUGUUAGCAACACACUCGCAAGAAGCACAUAUACGGAAGCUAAACACUCACGGUGAAGAAUAAUAUCUUCAACAGCAAUCAGUUUCACUAUUCGAUUUGUUAUUCUGAUGGUACCCCCAGGGCCACCAACUCCAGUUCCGUCUUCAUUGUUGCGGUCAAAUUCAGGUUUAAUGGGCGGCCAAGGGUCUCCUCAGCCUGGCUUCUCAUCUCUUGUUUCACAACGUACUCAAUUUAAUGGCCCAAACAUGCUUGGAAACGUGUAUCAAACUUACGGUAAUGGUGGGCUAAGUUCAGGGAUCUCUAGCCUCGCGAGUUCUCAAAGGGGUGUUAUUGAUGCUGGGGAUGAGUCCGAUACUUUGUCAGUCAUAAGAAACGCGUCAUUUGUUUCGUCGGAUCUGGUAAAUUCAAAUGCAUCGGGUCACAUGUCGGUCAACCAAAACUUGUCAGACCAACAGCUUGAACCUCAACACAAUAACCGUCAGCAUCAGCAGCCGCAAUAUCAAAACAUUCAAGGUGGUGUCGGGCAAGUUAAGUUGGAGCCACAGAUGACAACAAACUAUCAACAAGUACAAACGACUCAACAGUUGCAAGCUUUACGAAAUCUCGGGCCAGUGAAAAUGGAACUGCAACAUACUCAGUCGAUGAGUAACUUACCACCGGUAAAACUGGAGCCCCAACACUCCGACCCGUCAUUAUUUCUGCAACAGCAACAGCAGCAGCAAUUCCUUAACGUAUCCAGGCAGUCUCCACAGGCACAAAUGAAUCUUUUGCAGCAACAGAGAUUAUUACAGCUACAUCAGCAACAACAGCUAUUGAAAAACAUGCCUCAACAAAGGCCUCCGAUGCAACCACAGUUUCAACAUCAAAAUCUGGCACUAAGAUCUCCGGCAAAACCUGUGUAUGAACCAGGAACGUGUGCAAGACGGCUAACACAUUAUAUGUAUCAGCAACAACAUAGGCCUGAAGACAAUAGCAUUGAGUUUUGGAGAAAAUUUGUGGCUGAGUACUUCGCUCCUAACGCAAAGAAGAAAUGGUGCGUUUCUUUGUACGGAAGUGGACGCCAUACUACAGGAGUUUUCCCUCAGGACGUAUGGCACUGCGAAAUAUGCAAUAAGAAGCCAGGCCGUGGAUUUGAGGCGAAUGUUGAAGUUCUGCCGAGGCUUUUCAAAAUAAAGUAUGAAAGCGGUACUUUGGAGGAACUUCUUUACGUUGAUAUGCCGAGAGAAUAUCAAAAUUCAUGUGGACAAAUAGUUCUGGACUAUGCAAAAGCUAUACAGGAGAGUGUUUUUGAGCAACUACGCGUUGUUCGUGAUGGUCAACUAAGGAUAGUUUUUACUCCAGAGUUGAAGAUUUGCUCUUGGGAAUUCUGUGCUCGCCACCAUGAGGAGCUUAUUCCUCGGAGAUUAUUGAUACCACAGAUUAGCCAGCUUGGUAGUGCAGCUCAGAAGUACCAAGCUUCUACCAAUAAUGCUCCGUCUAAUCAGUCUGCACCUGACUUGCAGACCAAUUGCAAUAUGUUUGUUGCUUCAGCUCGUCAGUUGGCGAAAGCAUUGGAAGUUCCGCUGGUAAAUGAUUUGGGAUAUACAAAGAGAUAUGUACGGUGUCUUCAGAUAUCAGAAGUGGUUAACAGUAUGAAAGAUCUGAUCGAUUACAGUCGAGAAACCAACAUCGGACCAAUGGAGUGCUUAGCAAAAUUCCCGCGGAGGACGUCUGCUACAACAUCUGGAUCUCACAGUCAACCGCAACAACCCGAUCAACAUCAGCAGCAGCAGCAGCAGCAGCAACAAAGUUCCAAUGGGGGCGGGCCCACAGUAAAUAACUCCAACGCACUACCUAUGACUAGUUCCAUUGCUGGUCUACUAAACCAAAAUUCCUUCAACUCGAGACACCCUCAAAUGUCACAAAAUGGUGCAAAUAUGUCCCCUGCGCUUUCUAGUGAUGCGGACCCAAACGAUCCCCAGAGCUCGGUUCAGAAAAUACUACACGAGAUGAUGAUGUCUUCUUCGUCUCCCCAACUUAGUGGAAAUGGAAUUCGAGGUAAUGGUAUGAACGGAAGGGAUACGGGGUACCAAUUGGUUAAUAAUAAUAAUCCUCCAUUUGAUUGGCCAUAGAUAGAUUGACCGACCGGGUAUCCAAGCGAAUCCCGCAUUUCGGGGUAUGAAUAUGAAGGAUAGAUGAUACAUAUGGUGGGACCAAGUGAAUGAUGUUGGUCACCCUUUGAGGAAGGGAGGGAAUAGAAUAGAAAUGGCAAUUUCCUCUUCGACCUCGUGAUUUUGUUUGUCGUGUCGUCUCUGUCUAUAUUGCUUGUUUUUCGGUGCUAGUUCACAUGCCUAAUUAACGAGCCGAUCUCGCUCUUCUUCUUAUCCGGCCUGGCCUGUACAAGUAUGUUGAAUGUUAUAGAAUUUAGUGAUUUGUUAUAACAUCUAAACCGGUCUAUUAACGAUAUUGGAUUGGCUCGUGUUAUGCUUU